AUGGCGGAUGACCUGCAGUCAAAUUUGGCGACAUACAAACUACAGCUUCAACAGGUGGAAGCUUCUUUAACUAAUGAUGCAGAUAAUGAAGAUCUUCUUAAACUGAAAAAGGAUUUACAGGAAGUAAUUGACCUGACUACUGAGUUAGUUGGCCAACAGAAAGCUAUCUUAGGUGGAGCUACAUUAUUGGAAGCGGGGCCGAGCAGUGAGGAAACAGAGACAAAAGCAGAAAACAUUCAACAUGCUUGGAAAUCUGGUGACAUGUGUAUGGCCAUGUACUCGGAGGAUGGCCAGUAUUACGAAGCAACAGUAGAUGAGGUGUUGGAGGAUGGGACAUGCACAGUCAAGUUUAAUGACUAUGGAAACACAGAUGUGACCGAGGUAAAGUUUUUAAAACCCACUGACGCAGAGAGACAUUAUGCCACUGGAGAGCCUGGGUCAACAGACACGAAAAAACCUCAGUCAAAAAAGGAUCUCAUAGCAUCACAAAGGGAAUACAAGAGAAAGAAGUCUCAAAAAAAGGCCCAACGUCUCAAACAGAUGGAGGAGGAAAGAGAGUCAGAGAAAAACAAAUGGUUGGAUUUUAAUUCCAAGACAUUUUCCAAAACUAACAAAGGAAGAGUGAAAAAGAGUAUAUUUGCGACAACAGAACAUGUGAAUGGCCGUGUUGGUGUCGGAACUUGUGGAGUGAGUGGGAGACCAAUGACUUCAUUUACUCAACAGGAGAAGUGGAAAAAAUAGAAGUAUCUAUGCGUAAUACUCCGCAAAAAUUCAAGCGAGAGGAGUUCAGUAUGAAAUAUGCUUCCAUUAAAAGCAGGUAGCAUCUCCUAUCUCGCAGGUCGGAGAUCAGAAUGAGGCUGCUGGUGGGGAAUCCCACUUGAAGCGAAGUUCAACUGGACUCUCCUGCAUAUAUUUGACUGUUUCACAGGUUUGGCAACAGGGUUGCCAACUUUCAGAUUUGAUGUGCCAGAUUUGAAUGCAUUAAAAGUAUUUUAUUAAUACAACUAGAUUAGAAGUGGCUGUAUUUUAACAGCAGAACAAUAUAACUUCAGUACAACAGGACUGAAGUGAGCUGGAGAUACAGCAUGAGAACUGGACGAAAGGAUGUAAAGAUUGACAAUUGUUAAUAGAUUGGUUGUCAUCAUUAAUUCAUAGUACAACUGUAGUAAGAUUGUAGUGACCUAAUGGACCCUGUUAUUGUGGUAUGGUAGAUAACACACACAAUAAGUAAAAUAUUUUUGUAUAAAUUAUUUAAUGUGUUUAGAAAUUUAGUACGCAAUUAUUAACUGAAUACAUUGUCGUAGAACAGGGUUUUCCACUGGCUUGGAAUUGGGCAAUUUUUUGCCGCAUUUGGGAAGGAAAAUUGGUGAAUUGAGUAGGAAUUUUUUGGGAGUAAAUUUGCAAAAUUUCAGAAAUUAAGGUAGGGGUGGGGUGGUCAUUAUUUCCCCAACAUCAUAUAAAAAAACCCUCAAAAACAUUGUUUAAAAGUCACAAGUGAUCUUUUGGUAUAUAAUAUAUUUGUUUCUUUAAACUACAUACAUCUACACAUAAUAAGCAAAGAAAAGGGUCCAUGCAUCCAAUAGUUGAUGUAGAAAUCUUGUUUUCCACACACAAAAAAGGAAUUCUAUAAUUUCAAGAAAAUUUCUUUGAAAGAAAAAAAUCAAUGACAAGAUCACUUAUGAAAAAACCUUACUGAGUGCUGUACAAAAUUUGAAUUGAGAUCUUAACCUUCUUAAUAUAUAUCACAAUAACCAUUAUAUAAAAUGACGGGUAUUGAUUUUAAUAUUUCAUUUUUGAUUUUUAAAUGUGAUAAAGUCAAAAUGACAGUGAAUAGAGAAUAGAAUAAAUGAUUUCUCUAUUAUCUAGUAGUAAUGACUUUAUAAUUUCACAAUGGUGUUACUCUGUUGUCUUGUAAAAUCCAACUCAGUGAUUAUUUGUAUAACAGGCUUUUAAAUUUCACAAGGUACACUGUACAUGUAUUAGUUUUCUUCUGAAGAGAAGCUGCAAUUCAAAGAAAGUGGAUUUAUGAAAAUAUAUUUAUCUGUUGAAGUAAAAAGUGAAAAACAGUGCAAACAAAAUUACAUUUUGUGAAAGUGAAAGAAAUACCAGUUUGAAACACACACACAAAAAAAGAGAAAAAACAAAAUAGAGUCUUGAAUUCCCUGAAAAGACUGGAAUUUUGAGUACAGUAAUAUCAAAUUGAAUUGUGAAAUUCUGAUGAGGAUCACUUAACAUGUCUACGAAGAAAGAAGCGGUGUAGGCAGAGGUAAAUAACAUGCAGUGUGAUUGAAUCAAAUAUUGAUUUUAAAUAGACUUUUUUUCUAAUAUUUUUUUGCUAUCUAUUUUGUUCCUUGUGUAUUGGAUAAUACAGUCAAGUGUCUCGUAAGUUUUGAAAGAGAUGUUGCUAUGUGAAGAAAGCCAAGUGUAAAAACUUUUGAGGGAGGGUGUGAGUAGUAUGAGAGUAUCAAUCUGUACAUGCUUUUGAACUAUGUUUUGUACAAAUUAAAAAUGUUGUAAUACAA